CACACCUCUCGAAUCUGGAUAACUUUUUUUUGUGUUUAUCAUAGUUCGGUUGCUGUACAUUCAAAUAUAGUUUGUUUUUUCCAUGUUUUCUUGAAGACGAUCGACAUGAUUAUGUUACUGGAUGUGGAUUUCCUCGAGAUUUGCUGUUAUGAAUUUGAAAAAUGCUAAGAGUUGAUUUGUGAAAGACAGACGGCAAAAUGUCAUUUCAAGAUUGCUUUUGGGGUCCUAAUGGAUUUGAAGAACUUCGGAAAGCUAUAAAGGAGGGGCAAGAUUUUACCAAAGAUAUCACGGCCAUACUGCAUGAGAGGUCUGAAUUAGAAAUUAACUAUGCCAAAGGUCUAUCAAAAUUAGCAACAAAAAUCAACAAAGCCACUAAGUUAACUGUUGGGACCAGUCAGAGUGCUUGGCAAGAAGUUGCACUGCAAAUGGAAAAUGAGGCUGAUGUACAUCGGCAUUUUUCUAGUGGUUUAGAAGAUGAUGUUGUUAAGCCAAUGAAAGUAUUAUUAGAUUGCCAACAUAAGCAAAGAAAAAUCGUUGAAAACUCAGUGGAUAAGAUUUCUAAAGUUCUGAAUGACAAAAGGAACGAUGAAUUGAAGGCAAAAAAGUUGAGUUACGUGUGUGCUAGAGAAAACGAAAGAAUGCAAGAGCAGGCUCUUGAUUGUAAAGUCAACAAAGGGAAACUUCUGACGGAAAAAGACAUUCAUAAAUUGGAACAUAAAAAAAGAAAAGCUGAAGAAUUAUUGAACCGAGCAGAUAUAGACUAUUAUAAUGCUUGCAUAAAAGCAGAAAGAACAAGGCAGGAUUGGGAAACCUCUGUUUAUAGAGCAAAUUCAGCUUUCCAACAGCUAGAAGAAGAAAGGUUAAACAGUAUGCAUGAUUUCGUGCAGAAGUAUACAAAUAACUAUUCUCUUGUGGGCCCUGCCUUAAUACAGUGCUCUGAAAGGCUUUCAACAACAGUGAAAACAGUUGAUGUAACAGCUGAUGUACAGAAACUUAUUGAAACAAGAGGAACAGGUCCAAAUAUUCCUGAGCAGUAUUUACCAGAUUUUUAUGCUGAAGGCAUUAAUAAUGAAAUGAAACGAGAGAGGAGGAAAGAAAUCCUUCAACGGUUUUUAAAUCUUCUGAAACAUGAUUUGGAACUUGAAAGGAAAGGAAAACAAGGUGUGGAAAAUUUAGCAAAAGUGUUUCAAGAAACUCCUACCUUUGGUGAUGCAGAUGCACAGCAAGAUGUGUUCGAGAAGCUUCAACAUAUGAGAGCUAUGCUGACAUAUCUUGAAGCAACUAGAUUCAAAAUGCAGUGCACCCUUGCUGAAAUAGAAGGGCGAAACAAACCUACUCAUCCACUCUUUGCUCAUAUGGAAGUGAAAAACAAACAGGGUAUGAAUCAGACUGUUUUAAAAGUUCCACAUUGGGUAAGAAUGGAGAGGAGGAACUCUGGGAGCAGUGGCUCUGGGUCAAGUGACUCUCCUGACUUUGAAGUUUCUCAAAUACAAGAUAACGGAAAUGAUCUCUAUGCAAAUCUUCCGACUCAUUCGAAUGGGAUUUCUUCAAUGACUCAAUGUCGAGCCAUGUACGAUUAUGAAGCAAAGUUGACAGAUGAAUUAACGCUGCAUCCUGGUGACAUCAUCACAAUGGUACAAAAAACUGAUGAUGGAUGGUGGCAAGGAGAGCUUAAUGGUGUUGUUGGAGUAUUUCCAUCCACUUAUGUAGAAGAAUUGUAAUUCUUUUGCACUUAGAAUGGACAAAUGUAUUCAUCUUGUUGCAACUAGUUUAUUCAUUUCAUAACAUACCUUAAAACAAAUUUUUUGUUAGAUUUUAAUGCAAGUUUUAAAAUUUUAGAGAUCAGAAUUCACCAUUUUUAUGAGAAAAAUAAAGUGUAUGCAACUAGAAUUUAAUUUAAAAAAAAAAAAAAAAAAGAAUUAAAUGAGACAUGUUAAAAUAAUUGAGUGCUUUUGUACCAAGAUGUAAGAUGUGCCUUAUUUUAAAUGCAUGAGCAAAAUUUCAACAUUGCAAUGCAUUUUUUGGACAUGACUGCACAUUCAGUAAGUCACUAAAUUAAUGCUUAGGUGUAAGCACUCGUAAGUUGGAAAAAAAAUAUAUCAAAAACAAAAAAAAUUUGUCUAGUUGAAUUUACGGUAGCUUUCAAACAUGUAUUUUGAAAAUUAAGUGAUCUUUUAAAUGUGACAAUUGAAGCCUAAAGCCCAAUUUGGUUAUAAUUACUUUUCAGUGCAAAACUUUCUAUUACCUGGUCAAGUCCAAACUAUCAACAUAUAGAUGCAAAAAAAGAACAAAGUUUUAAUUGAAUCAUUUUUAAGUGUAUGUUGCAUGUAGAUAUAUGUGAUAAUUUUUUUUAGCAUAUCAGCCAUAAAUGAUGUAUUAUUGUUCCUAUACACUUCAUCUUGUAAAUAAAAAUUAUAUAUGCAUUUAUUGUUAAAUUAUAAUGUAUAUUUGUAUAAAAUUGCAAAAUAAAAAUA